GCCGGCGUGGGCAAGACGUGCCUCGUGGAGAGGUUUGUCAACGACAGGUAUGCCGCGGACGAGCCCGGGCACGGCGCGACGCUGGGGACGGAUUGCCAGCAGAAGAGGGUGUUCAUAGAGCGGCGGUUCAACAAUGGGGUGCAUCUCUUCAUCUACGACACGGCGGGGCAGGAGCGGUUCGCCGACCUGGCGGCCAGCUACUACCGCGUCGGCGAGGUCUGCCUGCUGUGCUUCGACAUGUCGGACAUGGCGAGCUUCGACAACGUCAAUUGGUGGCAGAGGAAGGACAGCGUGGAGGAGGGCGCCAGCCUCGAGCCCGUUACCGCUUGGGCGGACGAGAACGGCAUACCGUUCUUCCAGACGAGC